UAUAAUAAUUAAGUAUUUAUUGUAAUGCAAUAUGUUUAAACAUUCAGGUUAAGUGUGUUUUCAUAAAUCUCGUCAGGGGGGUCAAUAACAAAAAACAAAUAAAUAAAGUGUUCCCCCAAAAUGAGUAACCCAAAAAAAUGUUCACCCACUUCGACAUCUUCAACAAAUGUGACAAUCGAUCAAAUGAUCGAACAUAUGACGGCUGAUUUACAGGGUUCAUCUGAUGGCCAAUACAUUCAACUCGGUUUUACACCACCGACAUCAAACGAUACAACAUGGCCAAAUUAUCAUGGGCAUCAUCAUCAUCGUAUGAAUUACGCACCAUCAUAUCCACCUGGUUUCAAUAAUUUCAUACCAUCUAAUCAACAUUUUACCAAUCCUGGGUAUAUUUUGUAUAAUCAAACAACAACACAAGACAUGCAACCUCCAGUACCACCUGGUGGAGUUGUAAUAAAUCGUGACUUUAACGGUGGUAUGUUUGAACAACCACAAUUUUCUCCUCCACCACCAAAUUCGUACAAUUUGUAUCAGCAACAGAACCCUAAACAAACUUUUACAUCAUCGGGGCAUUUGAUUGAAAAUUUAGUUGGUAAUUGGACACCAAAUACAAGUGGCACUUAUUCACCCUUCGGAGGUGGAGGUCCAAUUAUACAUAAUCAACAAGAAACCACUGCUGUUAAACAGCCCCCCAUAGUUGAAAUAAAUGUUCAAAAUGAUGUAUCAAACGUUAAAAAACCACGAAUGGUAGCCGAAGUAAAACCAAUGCGAUUACGUUAUUCAGAUGUUUUAGCUAAAUCGGUCCCACCGACCACAACAACAAAAUCAACAAAAGUUGAUGUCAAAGAAAAUAUAACGAAAAAACAACCUCAAAGUAAAAAAACGACUCCUUCAAAAACUUCUACGCUUAAAUUACAAAAUCGUAAUGAUAUUCCAAAAACAAAGUCAUCUUCAACAUCGCCAACAAAUUGGACAACUUCAACAAAUAAUACCCAAUCUUCAACAAUCCAAGAUGAUUUAUCCGAUGUUGAAUUUAUCAAUCGUCAACCGAAAUCGGAUCGCAUACGUUCUAAUAAAAAUACAGAAUCAUCAACAACAUCUUCAACACCACCAAGUACAUCAUCUUCAUCAACAUCAAAUCCACGUUCAUCACAAAAGUUAACUUUUGAAUAUCGUGGCGAUGAUACAAAUAAUGUACGUAAUAAUGAGAAAACAUUUAUGGCGAAAUCAAAGAAAGCGAAAGAUUUUAAGAAGUUUGGAAAUAGCAGUUCGUAUGGUGUUAGUGAUAAAUCAUCGGCAAGUAUGCCGGGUGGUCGACGUGGCGGUCAUGGACGUGGAGGGCGUAGACGUGGUGAUUCAAAUCAUACAAAUACAACUUUAGGUCAACUACAACGUUCCAUUAAACAAUAUUUACAGCGAUGGUCAACUUUAAUGUUUUACGUCAUUGUAUGGUUGUUACAUUUAAUAUCGGAUGUAUGCAGUUUAAGUAUUCAUCUUGCUAACGAUUUAUGUACAAAUAGCUGGAGUGUACUAAAAGAACAAGCUGGUAUUGUUUCAAAAACUACAGUUAUUUUAUUCUCAAAAAUUCAAAUAUUUGCAAAAAUUUGUAAAUUUGUGGAUGAUCAUGUUGGUAAUAAAUGGUUUGCAUUUUGGAAUCGUGGUAAAAAUAAAGAUCGUAAAAAUAAUUCCGAUUCAUCAAAAACAUCAUGGCAUACAUCUGCUGGAUUAGAUGCUAAUAUUCCAAUGCCUUCAACGGGUGAAGAAGCAAUGAAACGUUUAUUAGCGUGUAAAGGAAAAGAUCCUUACAGUAUUUUAGGUGUAACACCAGAUUGUACCGACGAUGAUAUUAAACGUUAUUACAAACGCCAAGCAUUCUUAGUACAUCCAGAUAAAAAUCAACAACCUGGUGCCGAAGAAGCAUUUAAAAUACUCGUACACGCUUUUGAUAUAAUCGGUGAAACAGAACGACGCCAAUCGUAUGAUCGUAAAGUUAUAGAAUCGCAUCAAGUUGAGCAAGCGUGGAGUGAAUUAAAUGAUUUACUCUCGCAAUUACAACAAAAAAUGGAAUAUGCAGCGAAUACAAUUCGUUGUACGAAUUGUACAAAACGUCAUCGUCGUAUUCAUGUCGAUCGUCCAUCGUAUGCUGCACGCGCAUGUGCACAAUGUAAAAUACAUCAUUCCGUUAAAGAAGGUGAUAUUUGGGCUGAAUCACAAUGUUUUGGAUUUUUAUGGUAUUAUUAUGCGUGUAUGGAUGGUGCAAUUUAUGAUAUUACCGAAUGGGCAUCGUGUCAACGUUCGAAUUUACGUCAUCUACGUCCGAAUACACAUCAAGUACAAUAUCGUAUUGUGUUAGGUAAACAACAGCAGCAUCAUCAUCAUUCACCAUCUUCGCCAUCAAGUUUUAAUUCGACAGCACCAGGUGGGUUCCAUCACACAACAUCGCCUGGUGGUGUAAACCAUAAUCAUCAGUAUAAUUCUAGCACUAGUGGAUCACAUCAUCAUCAUCGUAGUGGACCUAAAUUAGAUCGUGAACCGGAUUUAGAAGAUUUAGAAGAAUUUUUAAAUAAUUUAUAUCAAAAAACAGGUGGUGCAUCUCCUGCAGGAACCAAUCCAGAUGGAAGUGGUACACCAUCUUCAUCUACAUGUACAAAUGAUCAUCAUUCAUCAGGCGCUAAUGGUAACAAUCGACAACAAGAUUCAACACGUAAUCGUAAAAAGAAUAAACGUAAAAAAUAAACUUUUAUAUUAUGCAUUAUUUUAUGUCAUUUUCACAGCUUUGUAAUUACGUUGUUGUUGUUGCCAAUCGCGGGGAAAAGGGAUUCACUAACUUUUGAACAAUAUUUAUUGCUAAGAAUUACUGUACAAGUGGAUAUUACGAAAUUUAUUAUAAAUAUUUUUAAAAUAUUGACCAUUAAAAUUAAGAAAGUAUAGUAAAUCCACUUGUCGGCCAUAUUGCUUUGAACAAAGUCUUACAAAUUUUUAGUUGAGAGCUGAUGAUCCUACAAAAAGGGAUCCCACUGUUUUCAUAUGUAGUACCUAGACCAAAGAGUCGCCUCGCAAAGUCCCAGUAAUCAAGAUAGGCUUGUCGUAGCCAUUCCUUGAUUCGGUAAAUUACAAAGCAUCUUACAAUGGAAAUUUCAUGCUCAGGUAAAAGAGGAGUUUUAGACGACCCCUCUCUUGCCAAAGAGUCCGCUGUUUCAUUUCUUUAACGCUAGAGUGGUCCGGACUAAUUUUAUGGUUAAAAUCUAUGAAUAAUAGAUUUUUGUUUCUCACGUGUCUUUAAAAAUAGAAGUACUUUCUCUGGAGGGCGUGUAUUAUUUUGUAAACUGAAACUUAACUCUUCUUAUUUUUCAAAUACCCUAUUCGUGAAGAUUUCUAUCAGAAUCCAUAGUUUCAGAAAAUAUGAGUGAAAUAUUUAA